CAGCCCUUAAGAUUAGUUGGUAAACUCUACAUUAAAGUUAGUUAUGGCUGAUACUGAGACCGUUGUCGCUGCGGGCUGCUUGGAAAAGUUGAAGUGUUACGUGACGACUCGAAAAGGAACCAUUCUCGCUGCAGAAAUACUCAUCAGUUUAAUCAUCCUAAUCUGCUAUGCUGUGUCAUUUAAUGGAGGUUAUUCUGGGGUGGCCAUCUGUGAGAUGGUGUUCGCCAUCCUCUUCUUUGUCGUCUUCAUGAUGGAAAUGGACAAGUCCAUUCAGGCAGUCAACUGGGUCUGGAGUGAUCUUUUCCGUGCUACUAUUGGUGCAGCCCUGUACACCAUCACCUCUCUAAUCUGUGUGAUUCGUGUAACAGGGGACGAUGCCCUUAUUGCCGGAGGGGUGUUUGGCCUGCUGGCUGGGAUCCUGUUUGCCUAUGAUGUCUACACCAUCAUCCUUGUCAUCAAGAGCAACAGGCAGGAUACAGCAGCGCCCACUGGUGGGUGUUUUGGAUAUUUAAGCCCUCGAAGAUAAACCCCAUCUUAGUCAUUGAAAGAAAAUUACAUUUGUGCAGGACGAGAUGACAAUGAAGAGAGAAAGAAGUGCAGCAGAUUGGAAUGAAGUUUGAUGCUCAAAUGAGGAGAUUAAUAGCAGAAAUGAACCAAUGUUAGGGUCAGAAGAGAGUACAGUAGAUGUUUCUAUCUAUGGCUGACACAGAGAGGAUAAUGUUAUACUGCACUGAGAUCAUUAUGUUCAAAAGAACAAUGUAAAUUCCAGGAGGGAUUCCCUUGACAACCGCUGUUCUAGUCUCGGUGUACAAUUCUACCGUCCCAUUGUUCAGUCUUUAGGGGGUGGAAAGCUCUGGAAAGUUCACACUAGGACAUCAUAAAUUUUGUGAUCUAAUGAACUAUUGUGUAAAAAGAUGUUUCUGUUGAAUUACAUCCACUGUUGAAAAUUUGGUUUGUAUUAGAAAUUAGAUUGUAGCAUUACAUUUAUAGAGGUGCUCAGAUUAAUAUAACAUCAUAAUGUAACAUCAAUAGUUUUGGUACAAAUGUCAUUCUCUCUCUCUCUGUCGUCAUAAUUUCACCUCAGCGUCAUAGCCCUCUCCAUAACCCACUGUAAUAUAUUCAAAUUGUGCUGGUUGAAUUAAGCCAAAUUUUGCUUGCGCUUUGGCCUUGAUUUAAUCAGAUCGAGUGUUAACCGGCAUAUGACAUAUGUUGGAGGUGUCACUGCAGUAUGAGCUGACAAAUAGGUGAGAGGCUGCUCUUGUGUGUCACAAACCACUUCCUUCCUUAUUAAUCCUACUGAGUUAGAAGUUCAAAACGGUGAUAGAAAGUGUAGGUUAAUGUAUGUUUUCAUGUUAAUUUGGAUGGUGGGGAUUUGUAGCCUAUCAGUCAAAUCGAGAUAUAGACAAUGGAAACAUCAAGCAGUGUUUGCACAGAAUAAAUGGAUUGGUAUUAAACUCAAACACAUGGUUUCCAUGUGUUCCUUACCAUUCCAUUCACUCUGUUACAGCGAUUAUUAUGAGCCGUCCUCCCCUCAGCAGCCUCCUGUGCUGGAAACAUUUGUAGUGCCUUAGUUGCAUUGGUUGUUGUUCUGCCUCUUUUUCUACUUACCGAGCACUGUAAAGCCUUACUGGCCACAAUUAACCCUGCACUUAUAGUGAGGUUUGAUGUUCAUUUGCCACCAAAUAACUUCUCAUGAGUACUCUUGCCAUAGGAAAAUAAUGGGACAUGUUUUCAUUAUCCUGGUUUUGAAAUAAUCUAAUUCAGGUCUGUUGUGUGUUGCUUACCAGUUUUUCUUUGUGUGUUUUUUUAACCAAUGAUAAGAUAUUUUAAUGAGAUUUAAAGUUGUACAAGAGAAAUGUUACCUCAGUUAGUGCCCCCUUGUUAAAGUAUUGAGACAGUUUGUAUGCAGUUAUAGUAGUAAACAUUAAUAUUUUGAUUAUAGACUCGUAGAAGAACAACUAAUUUAGAAUGAGCAAUUAAUUAAAUUAAUUAGCAAAGAAGGGCAUUUGAUCAGUUUUGUGGUUGCAUUUCAGGAUGCCUAUGUUAUAAUUGUAAUAUCUUUUGUGAAUGUUAUCUCCAAAAUAUAAAGUACAUUUCUCAAGGAAGAAUUUGGCCUUAAUGUUUUAUAUCGAACAGGUUUUUAAUGUAUUUAUUUAUUACUUUUGUGUGUAUUUGAAAUAUUGAGGCAUAUACACAAUGCUUUGCGCAAUAAAAGUUAUUAUACAAUUA